GAUCUAUGAUAAGUACUACGGUGGUGGUGGUGGUGGGGGGGGUUGUUUUAACGCCCCCACUAACGUGUGGGUUAAAACAACCCCCACCGCCGUCUUCGUAGGACACAAGGUAUAAAAACCAAGUGUCCUAUGAAAACGGCUAAUAUAAAAACCGACAUUUAUAUUUCUAACAUAUGAAAUACUGGCAAAAAAAACCCCUCACAAACAACUUCUAUGUCGAUUAUUACAUAUCGCCUGUCGGCUUCUCUUCCCUCUCCGCUGCUAAAAACAAACCCCAGACUGCGAGACAGACAGACAGACAGACAGACAGACAGACACCCCCGCAGUGGUUUCCGUCAGCCGGGUGACGUGUCCCGUCAGCCUGUGCGGUGACGUAGGGGAGCCGUAGCGGUGUGUUUCGGGCUGCGUCUUGUUGACGGUCGGCCAGGCGGCUCAGUACUGAGUGGGACCCGGGAGAGUGUGGACGACCGACGGCGUUCAAGGCAACAGACCAAAACACACUGAAACCCUCAGUCAUCAUCAUGCAUGUGUCUGAAUACCUGAAGAUUUGUAUCAUUUGAAAAGAAAUAAGGACAUAACACAGACUCGGAGGAAAACAAGAACUUCAACCAGCAGAACUAUAAACUUGUGCUUAGACAUGGCCAGUACCCAGACCAGUUUGAAAACCCCUUUCAAAGACUUGACCUCAUUCAAGGGCAACAUGAAGCGGCUGUAUCGGGAAAGGCUUGAAGAUGCGCCCAUCAAGAAGCGGGUGAUGGCAGAGAUCAACCUGAAGCGCCGCAGCUUGGACUCACUCUCCAGGACACCCAAGGUGAAAAGGGAGCAGCUCGAUGAGCCCCACCACGACUACAUGGAUGUGGAGGGCCGGGCUGAGCUUCAUGUGGUGGGCUCCACCAAAGCCUUGGACCUGAGCCCCGGGCUCAAACACACCCUGGCCCAGUUCACCCUUAGCAGCCAGAGCUCUCUUGGGGGCCCGGCUGCUUUCUCGGCCCGCACUGGCCAGGAGCCCUCCCCUGCUGGCAUGGCCCCCCUGCCCUCCCCUCCUGUGCUGGGAGGGGGCCCCCUGCUGGUUCCCUGUGACAGCUCUACGGAGCUCACACACUCCCUGCUGGAGGGAGAGUCCAUUUCCUGCUUCGCAGUUGGGGGAGAGAAACGCCUCUGCCUCCCCCAGGUGCUCAACUCGGUGUUGCGUGACUUUUCGCUACAGCAGAUUAACGCCGUGUGUGAUGAGCUCUAUGUCUACUGCUCGCGCUGUGAUGCAGAGCAGCUGCACAUCCUCAAGGUGCUGGGCAUCCUGCCCUUCAAUGCCCCCUCCUGUGGCCUCAUCACCCUGACUGAUGCACAGAGGCUGUGCAAUGCCCUGCUGCGCCCUGGUGCCACCCUGCCUGCCGACCCCAGCGGUAAGCUGCCGGCCCAGGGUCUGCUGAAAGAGAGCGAAGCCAGCUUCCAGGUGGAGCACCAGUGCCUGGGGAAGUGCCAGGGCCUGUUUGUUCCCCAGUUCUACACCCAGCCAGAGGCACCCUGCAUCCAGUGUGUGGAGUGUCAGUUGCUCUUCUCGCCACAGAAGUUUGUUAUGCACUCGCACAAGUCGCCUGACAAGAGGACCUGCCACUGGGGCUUUGACUCAGCCAAAUGGCCCUGCUACCUACAGCUUGCCCGGAAGUACCAGGGCACACCUGAGGAGCCGCAGCUCAAGCAGCUCCUAGAUGAAGUCAAGGAGAAGUUCCACUACCAGCUCAAGAGGUCGCUGGACAAAAAGGUGGUGGAGGAGGAGGAAAGCCAGGUGAGGAGAUCCCCUGCAGAGCUCUGCUCCCCCAGUGGCAAGCUGGCCGAUUCCGACGCCACAAGAAAGGGUAAAACUGCUGCGCCCACCCUGGUGUUCAACCGUUUCUUCCCCAACAUCAAGGAGGAGCCGGGACACCCCACCCUGGUCCAUCCCAGCUACUAUCUGUACACAUAUGAUAAGAUGGUGGCUCCCAACGUGUCCCUGCGGAGGGAGGCGGAGGUCAGCCCUGAGGUGCUGGGAGCCCUGCUCAAACACCACUACAGCCGCAGAGCACUGAGCCACGACGAGCCACCCAUGGAUCUUCACACUUCUCCUCCUGCCGCGACUGACGCCGAAGAGGCCAAAGCCCAGCGUGCCGUUGCAGUCUCGGCCGCUGCGCAGGAACACCAAGGCCAGGCAGUUUCUAUGGAGACCAGCAGCAGCAGCAGCACGGGCUGCAAGAAAGCCGCCCACGCCCCCGUCUACACUCCUCCUCCUCCUCCACCUCCUCCCGUGUCAUCGUCGCUGUCCUCUGCAGCUGAGGUAGCGUUUAAGGACACGGGUUCUGAUGGCACUGUCUUGGCGGCGGGGGUGCUGGAGGACGACAAGGACAGGAUUGUGGUGGAGAUAAUGCAGAUGUACGGCAGGCAGCAGGAGAAGCUCAACUCCACCCUCCACAAGCAGCAGCAGCUGGAGAUGGAGCUGGAGGCACUGCGCGGUGGCGAGGCGGCCCGGCUGCGGGAGCUGACCGCGGAGCAGCGGGAGCUCCGCAGUGAGCUGGAAGCGGUGCACAGCGAGCAGGCCCGGCGGCUCGGCCAGGCCCGCCAAGAGCAGCUGGAGCUGGAGAGCCGCCUGGAGCAGCUCCGGCAGCAGGCCUGUGCCUGUGAGCCAGGGGCACAGCGCCAGCAGGAGGCCCACUACGCCGCACAGUUGUCAGAGCUCCGUCAGCGGCUGGAGCGGGCGGAGGCCGACCGGCAGGAGCUGCAGGAGGAGCUGCGCAGGGAGCGGGAGGCCCGGGAGAACCUGGAGCGCAUGAUCUCUCAGCUCAAGCAGCAGAUGGCCCAGUCCGGCACGGCGGGAGGGAGCCCCUCUCCUCCACCCACCCCCUCCACCGGGCCCCUGCACAUUCACUCCCCGCCCUCCGCUUCCACCUCAGAGGCCCCAGAAGCCGGCCAAAAGUAGCUGCCGCCGCCACUACUCCUACACCCAACCAACCACCCGUUUUUCCAUGAGCCUGAACCAGAGAAGACAGACUUGCACCACCACCGCGUCUCUCCUGAGGACAUUUUUUUUAGGUUUGGCUGUGCGUCUCCCCCUUAUCACCUCUUUCCUGUUGAUCGGCGGUGUAGGACUGUUGCCAUCGUCUCUUAUGUUGAAGUGUCUGAGGAUUUAAAGACGAUUUGACAUUUUAUGGGGUUUUUUUCCCCUUUCCCAUCGUGUUUUGCCCCCCCCCCCCUUUUCUUAAACAGUAUUUAAAUGUUCCGGGGUAUGUGUGUGUGUGUGUGUAUGUGUGUGUGUGUUCGACUUUAUUUAUAGUUUUUACUCGACGAACACGGCUGCUUAUAAACAGGAAGUCCAUUCAGUUCAAAAAGACCCAUUUCAAGCUCAUCUCUGUCUCUCCAAGCCCCCCCCCCCCUCCGCUGCUCCUCAUCCCUCCUCACCCUCUCUUCUGGAUUCUGGAGCUGGUCAGUUGUGAGCUAUGGAGACGUAGGAGCAAGGCUCAGACGCACAGACUCUGCCCUGGGCCCCCUGGUGAACUUCACUUCGUACGACUACCUGGCACCGUGACGGACCCCCGGCCCCUGGCGUGCUUUGGUUGCCCCCGCUUUUCUGGGUUUUUUUUUCUCUUUGGAUCCCCCCCCCUUUUUUUUUUCUCCCCAUUUGUACUUGGACAAUUACCCUAUUUUCUUCCGAGCCAUCCCGGUCUUGCUGCUGCUCCACCCCCCCUCUGCCGAUCCGGGGGAGGGCUGCGGACCACCACACGCCUCCUCCGAUACACGUGGAGUCGCCAGCCGCUUCCUUUCCCCCUGACAGUGAGAGAGUUUCGUCAGGGGGGACGUAGCGCGUGGGAGGAUCGCGCUAUUCCCCCCCAGUCCCCCCCCCCAAACAGGCGCCCCGACUGACCAGAGGAGGCGCCAGUGCGGCAACCAGGACACACACCCACAUCCGGCUUCCCAACCCGCAGACACGGCCAAUUGCUUUUUUUGUACAUGCAGCCCAAAUGCUCAAGCAGCAGCGACUGCAGGAAACCGCGUGGACAUUUUCAUCUGAGUUUUAUUUUUUCAACCCCUUCCUUUCUUUUCCCUUAUCCUCUCGUUUCCUUAUCAAAGGCAGAGAUAAAGAGGUUUAAAAGUUAUAGGUGUGUAAAAAAGAAAAAAAGCAUCAGAUAUAUGGAGGGGGAAAACAUGUAAAAAAGAAAAAAAAAAAAACUGAUAUCUCUGAAAACCUGGUGAGAGUCUGCUGAUAGCGAGGCUGAACCCAAGACCAGCGUGUGUGAUGGUGAGCCCCGAGGUAGCUCGCUUAGUCCUCCGGUCUGGAUCCCAGCCCCUCAGACCCAAACAGCUCUCGUUUGGCUGAUUUGCCAACUGCCCUGCACAUCCCACCCCCCGCCCUGCAGCCCACCCUGCGACCUCCAGAGUCCUCGCACGCUUAACUUCCCGGCAACCCCGGCCCCCUACUGGGAGGAAAGUUCCUCUGCACCCACCAGCCAGGACUGACUCGCUGCGGUUCUUCUAAGGCUCGGCGUGAGGAAGCUCACAAGAGGUGUUGUGCGCUGACCCCCCCCCCCCCCCAAACACACAGACACACACAUCUUAUUUAACAAACAAAAAAAAGCCAUUCCCCACAUUCUGCAGGAAUGGAAUGUCUGCAGGGGGCGUGGCCGAGCCGGAGCCGCUCCGGUGAGAGGGAACAAGUCCGAGUCUUUCACGGUGUCUUGUUUUUGGAGACAUUCGAGACUUGUGGUGGUGAUACUAUGUGGCCGUGAUACAAUAUCCUCACACAUGCUCUCAUGCACGCGUGUACUCGCGCAAACUCGCAUGUGUGUAAAAGUCAUGCACGCACGCGCGCGCACACACACACACACACACACACACACACACACACACUAGGGUCCGUUCGCAUUCAUGCAGAACAAUGGCCCCUGUGUUCCCGGGUGAUCAAAGCUGUGGGCUAUACUUGUUUUCCGGGCCCUUUUUCGGGCCUUUCUAUUUUGUUUUGUUUUCGUUUGACUCCAUUGUGAGCCGGUGGUUUUAUCGCCGGCCCGUUUGUCAGCACGUUGUCGUGUUCUUAGAAUGUGGGUCACAGGUGAAAGCAGUUAGUCUGGGGCGGUUUGGGGCUCGGGUCCGACCCCUGCUUCACGUUCUUCCACCCGACUGAACAAACAGUACCAGGCAGGCAGAGAGGAAGAGGGAGGCGAGGACCUGAGCGAGGAGGGGCGCGCACAAGGGGGGGCUGACGCCCUUCUCCCCGGCUGGCUGGCUGGCUGGGUGGCCCCAGACACCAGGGGUACAGAGGAGCCCCUUUUGUCCAUGCCGUCAGAAUGGGGGGCAGCUGCUGUUGUCUGGGGGGGGGGCCUCUCCCUGCCCUGGAUUGAUCCCGUACAGGAUCCCCCCCUGCUCACUGCUUUCCUCCUACUCCACUCUCACAAAACAGCCAUCACUCACUCUCUCGUGCACACACACACACACAUCCACCCGUCUCCGGUGCCAGAUCAGCUGGGGUGGGGUUGUGGGAUGCGGUGUUUUAUAGAUGCCCAGGAGAGCAAGCAGACACCCCGCCAGAGCAAAAGAGGACUGUUAUUGUGUCAGUUGCCAGGCAAAAGCGCUUUCAUUGCCGCCAAGGAGAUCCCUGUGUGUGUGUGUGUGUUUGUGUGUGUGUGGGUGUGUGUAAAUAAUUGUUGAAAGAGGAUGGGGCUUGACCUUCGCUUAACUGUUGAAUUUCUUUAUGCAUCUGCUAAAAAUGCAAAUUGACAGACAUUCCACUGUGUGCCGCCGGCCGCUCGACGUAAAUUCUCGUACUGAACCUCCCUUUAUGAUGCCGCAUCGCAAGGACUCCGCAGAGUCCAGGACCGGAUUUCAAGUAGUUGGAGAUGCUGGACCGCAGGUGUUUUCUUGGGGGGAGAAGACCGACAGCCAACGUGUGGACUUGACAAGCUGUUAAAAAAAAACAACCCCCCCUACACACACACACAUAUGAACCCAUACUGCAGAUGUACACUCUACUGUUCCAUAUAAACUUUCCUGGAAAUUAUGAAAGAAAAAGAUAUUUAAUGUUUUAACUAAAGAUUUAUAUUCACUUUGUAAAUACAGUAGUCAUUAAUAUAUUAACUACAUUCUUCUUCUAUGAGUAAUCUUCAAAAGGUUGUAUAGAAAUUGGACCAGAACCGAUAUCUGAGGAGGCUGCAGUAAGCCUCACAGCCCCCCCUCCCCUUUUUGUCCACUUUUGUCAGUGGGUACCCUGAGUUUACCCCCUUGUCAACCUGAAUGUCGGGGAGUCGAAAAAGCUCCGCGUUGGGGAGACGUUGUGCAGGACGAACACACAAUAGGAAAGAAAGUGCUGUUGUUCCCACCCCCCCGUUAUGAACUGAUUGCUUCAUUUCUUUUGUGGAUUUCACCUUGAUGAACUGUCAUUGUGCAAUGCUAUUAGAUUUUGUUUUUUGCCCUUUGUCACCCUGCCAACGACCCCCCCCACCCGCCCGCUUGCCCAAGCGAAAUUGAAAAAUUUGCUCCAAAAAAGUCUUUUAAAGAAGAAAAAUUCUGUUUUGCAUGCACCCCCCCCCCAGUUUUUUUUAGUUUGUCGUCAACAGGCCCAACUCGAGUCAUUUUGCUUAUUGUAUAAAGAUGCCCCCCACGUGACACACGAGCUGUUGCGAUAAUGCAUGAUGAACCUUUACGAUGAGUUUUAUAAAGAAAGUUUUUUUUUUUUUGCUGAAAAAGUUAGCUUAAUGUAAAUUCAGUCCAGUUCACCGAGAACAUAAAAUGUAGCCUCGUCCUUUCGAAGAAGUUAUUCUUUGAGCAUGUGUGUGUGUGGUGGGGGCACCCAGGUGUGUUGGCUACCCACUUGUGAAUGAGGUACAGCAGCUAGCGAAAGGAAGAGACUAGCUAGCUAUCGUCUGAGUUGCAGAGAUGGUUUUAUGAGAUGGUGUGCAUUACACGGAUGAGACGUCAUCACGCAGUAUUAGAUGUAUUAUUGCCACAAUUACCUCUUUAGAAAUCCGCAAACGUUUCUACGACAGUUAAAGGUGUGUGUGUUUUUGUUUUUUUCCCCCUCCAAGUUGCAUUUUAUACAUAAGGGGAUGCUGUAUUUCAGCCAUGCCAUCACGAGAAACUGGACUAAAAAGACUUGGUGGGGGGCGGGGCGGGGCACCGCGUGUGCAGCCCCUCUUGCAUUUGCAGUGUUAUGAAAAACUUGGAUAUGCUUUGUACAGGAUUCUGUUGGUGUGACGUUGGCCCGACUUAACUAAAAAAUAAAUAAAAUUAAAAAAUAAGGAUUUGCGCUGGCCCACCCACCGGAAGCAGCAAGAGUUUUGCAAUUUGAAUGCGGAAUUUUUUUUCUUUUCAUAAAACCACGAAAUACUUCCUGGCCGUGUGAGCGUAAAUGGAAAUAAAGUAGCCCCCGCCCCGCCCCCCCCCCGGAGUCUGUUAAUAAAGGAAAGGUGACCUUUGAACUGCUGACUUGAUUAUAUGCUUUAUAGUCGGGCGUGUAAUUUUCUGCCUGCGUUUUAUGAGCCAGUGUGGGGGUGGGGGUGGUGGAGGCAGGGCGGGGGGAGAACCAGGAAGUAAACCGCAACUUGUGUGAUAAGAUCCGUCACGUGACCCCGGUUACCAAGAAUAGACGCACCAUGGGUUCAUUUUGUACACCUUACACACCCUGUUAGAACGAGUACAGAAAAAGAAAAAUAUUUAUGGCUUUUCUGAAAUGAUUAUUUUCCCCUCGAUGCUGUUCCGGAAUAUAAAGCGCAGUGUCUGUGUCUGAUCAUUGCAUACUAUGUUGCCAAUACUACAGUGUGAUGAGACGUUUGUUCUUGCAUGAAUCGAGACACUGUUCUCCUACCUCAUGUUGUGAUAUAAAAAGAUUUUUUAAAGCAGACGACACUGCAUCUCUAACAGUUUAUCAUAAUUGAUAUUUACUAGUAAAUUACAUACCUGUAAAUGCUUUUAGCUAAUACCUCAGUUGUAUCUAGUGUUUUCUUUUUUUUUCGCCCCUCCCUGAUUUCCGAUCUUGUAAAUAUGCCCUGUAUAGACAAUGAACUUGGAUCAAAUUCAAGUAAAGUUCUGUAGUGUCA